AGGGGAGUUAUAUCCCCUACUCGAGGUUUCCAGGCAUUACAAAUAACAAGUUUGUUUAGAUGCGCAGUUAGGUGUAUAGUUGUGAUCCAAGCAUUCGCGACGGCUCUAUCAACAGCCUUGAAAGCGUACUUGGCCUACGGACUUGCCCGUUGGGCUGUCCCAGCCCAAGAGAGCGGAGAAAUGUCAAUACGGGCAGCAGUUCAUCGUCUUGUACAAAAUGGUCGGGUCGUGCUACGGUCCUUACAACAUAAGCCCUGCUAUUCAAACGGAUUCGCAUACAAACACCUUAACAAAAUACACGUUGCACAAGCGAGUGAGUCCCAGAGCGGCCUUCUAUGCCGGAAUAGCGGCAAUGUGUCAAGCACAGGAAGGCAUCUUGGUUACUUGGGAACGCAUGCUCGGCGGAUUUUCGUCGAUAACAUCUUAAAGAGGGUAACAAACAGUCUUGCAGCGGAUUUACGAAGACGCGCAGCGAGCAGACUUGUAUUUGGCGAUUCUGCGCCAUUCUUUGCUCUCGUUGGUGUGUCCUUAGCAUCAGGCACUGGCAUAUUAACCAAGGAUGAUGAGCUGGAUGGAGUAUGUUGGGAGAUCCGAGAAGCUGUUUCUAAGUUACGUUGGAAUAUGCCGCAAAAUGAUAAAAAUUAUGAAACAAUCCCGAUUGAAGAGAAUAUUGUGACUUUACAAAACUUCGUGAUUGGGCCUAUCAUUGCUAAAGGUUGUUCCGCAGCUGUCUACGCAGCAAGAUUCAUAGAUGCUACACUGGAGAAAAAUAAUAGUUCAAUCAAUAUUGAUACUGAAACAAAAGAUAAGAAUGCAUUCCCAUUUGCAUUAAAAAUGAUGUUCAAUUAUGAUGCAGAAUCUAAUGCUACUGCUAUUCUGAGGGCUAUGUAUAGAGAGACGGUGCCUUCUAGAAAACAUUAUGGAAAUGACAACAUGACUAUUUGGGAGCAAAAAUUGGUGGAAAAUAAAGCAACAUUACCACCUCAUCCAAACAUUGUGGCUAUGUAUAAUGUCUUUGCUGAUAGAAUACCGAUAUUACCUGAUUCUUGGGGAAUGUAUCCUGAUGCUUUACCAACCAGAAUCAAUCCUCACGGAUCAGGCAGAAAUAUGAGUCUAUUUUUAUUAAUGAAAAGAUAUGAUGUUACGUUGAAACAAUAUUUGGAAAGUCGUAGCGUUGAUGGCAACAUGCGUGUGUCAAUAUUAUUACUCGCUCAGCUACUGGAAGCAGUAGCUCAUAUGAAUGCAAACGGCAUAGCGCAUCGAGAUCUGAAAAGUGACAAUAUUUUACUUGAUUUGUCAGAAGAAACUGAUAAUUGUCCGUCCCUGGUUGUAACGGAUUUUGGUUGCUGUUUGGCCGAUAAGAAUUGUGGAUUGUACUUACCUUACAACACUCACGAUAUCGAUAAGGGCGGCAAUGUUGCAUUAAUGGCUCCAGAAGUAAUAAUGGCAGUACCAGGACCUUUUGCUAGAAUAAAUUACACAAAAGCUGAUCUAUGGACAGUGGGCACCAUAGCAUACGAGAUAUUUGGCACAAAAAAUCCAUUCCAUAGUGAAAAUGACGAAGAAAUUGCUUUAAAAAAUUAUAGUUAUACUGAAAGUGAACUUCCUACACUACCUGAUAAUGUGCCACCCAUCAUUAACGCUGUUAUAAAAAAUGCAUUGUCGGAAAGUUUAUAUAAGCGACUAGAUACGCAAAUUGCGGCGACUAUAAUGCAGAUAUAUCUGUGGGCACCUAGCUUAUGGUUGAAAAACAUGGGCCAAUUACCAUCUAGCAACGAGAUUAUGCAAUGGCUUUUGUGCUUAACUACAAAGAUUCUUUGUGAAGGGCAGAGCACAGAUUUGUCUCCAUCAUACGGGUUGCCUAGCAGUACAAAACGUGAUAUCAGUGGCAACAAUAUAUAUAAACAAACGCAUUCAAUAUGUUCUUGUGGAAGGCGCACAAUGCCCGAAUAUCAAUUAAUUGCAAGCUUUCUUAGCAGGGUAACGCUUGGCAAUGUUAGAAACGCGUUAAAAUGGAUACAACAGAACGUAUAAUUAAGAGUGACAUAAUUUCGUAUCGGCUAAAAACGAAAUACGAUCAAAAUUUCGCAUUGAUAAUUAUUAGUAUUCGUAGUAUUAAAUAACAAUUCAAAAUAAGGGGGAGAUGUAAAGUCGAAAAGAUAUUACUAAAUGUGUUUUAUCUAACUUUAUCAUUACUUUCAUAUUUAUUUUCAGAAUUUUGUUUUGAUACUUGGUGAAACGCAAAAGAAUAAAGAAGUUAUGUUAUAUUAACGCAUGAAAAUAUAAAUAAUCUAAAUUAAC